AUGGCUCCUCCAAUAUUGAGGAAACUCACGGUGGUGCAAUACUCGCGAUUGGCGGAAAUCGAGUUGACGAGUACUCGAUUAAGAGAGAAGGAGCGCAGCUCGUUUAAUCGGAAUAUCAUAGCUUCGCGAAUUGAGUCUCUUCAAGAAAUUUGGAGGGAUGUGCGUAGUGCGCAUGCCGAAAUUUCAAUUCGUGACGAUGCUGGGGUUGACGCGUAUAUGACGGAUAACGUGAUUCAGCGAUUACAAACGGCGUACGAGGAUACGCUUGAUUUCUUGCUAACAGUACAAGCGGAACUACAGGCUGCGGAUCAGUCUACUUUACCGACUGGACCACCGAUAGCCAGUUCUUCGAUAACGCCCGAGCCUCCUACAGCUAAGCUUCCGAAGUUAGAAUUACCUACGUUUUCCGGCGAAUACGAGGAUUGGGAAAACUUUUGUGACUUAUUUACCACGCUGGUUCACGAUGCACCCGGUCUUGCUGACGCGUCUAAGUUGCAAUACUUGAAAAAUUGUUUAAAGGGUACUGCGGCGGAGUUAGUCAAGGAUGUCACGACUACAAAUGCGAAUUAUACGACGACGUGGCAGGCUCUUAAGGCGCGUUUUCAUAAUCCGUGA